GUUGUACGGGAUUCGCAUGGCUCAGCCAAAGAAACUGGCCGUCUUUUUGUUGUCGUCUCUAGGCCUUGGAGUUUGCGUGGCCUCCAUCAUACGCGUGCAGCUUAUUCCAAGAACCAGAUCAUCAGACCCAACAUACGACCUGGUUGAUGCAAUGCUUUGGUCCGAAGUCGAAGUUUCGGCCCUCAUCAUCUGUGUCUGCGUCCCGGAAAUAUACAUACUUGUGCAGAGGACUUGGCCUGUGACACUUGUGCGAAGGGCGACCCCGAGGCCCGCAGCAGGUGAUGCUGAGAGGAACGAAAGACGUAGGGAAAGUCUAGGCGGCCAGCUGCGCAGAGCCUUUAAACGGGCCAACAUCAAGACUGGUCAAGGAUCUUGGUAUGGUUCUCGUUCAGGUGCAUCCUCGGGCACAUGGAGAAGGUCCAGAUUCGGCGUGACCAGUUCCGUGUCUGCUGGUCGGCAGUCAAGACAUCGACUCAGCACGGACGAUACGGGACAGUCAAGCGUGCAAUCACCGGUAGAUGAGGAGCCCAGCCCUCAAUCGGACAGCCCAGACCAUGGCGGUAUUCUUGUCACACACGAGAUUGAGGUCGGCAUCGAGACAGAUGAGGAUAGCAUAUCAGAGGCAGAUGUUAGUGACGCAGCGAUGACUGCGCCUGAGUAUGAAAGGGACUUGACAGAGAGCAGCAUUGUUGAUCAAGAUGGCAGGUUGACGGACACGACCAACGAUUCAAAUGCGGGUGACGGAGAGCAGCCUCCACUUGAGGGAAGCGAAUGACGGUUUUAGAAACUCGAGUUUUGAUACUUGACUAGUCGCAGUAAAAUAGCAACUGAAUGGAACAUUUUGUACAACAAAG